ACUCUGAUGUCUUAAUCACUGCCUAAAAUAUCAUUGAUGUCCACACCUUAUCAUCAUCUACUAGUACACUUCUCUAAUCACUAUUCAUCAAUGAAGCUUCAAACAUAAUAUCCAGCACAAACAAAAGCCAUGGAAUACCCAACUAAAGUACUACUCUUUUUCCUCCAAUUCACAAUCUUAACCCUCCAUAUCCAAGCUCUAGAUCAAACUAAUUCAUCCAAACCUCAAAAUUCCACCACUGAUCCUUACAAGUUACUCCACAUUAUCCAAAACCCAGACGGGUCACUCACUCGUAUCAAAGACUACUAUCCAACAGUCCCACCCAACACUUCUUCUUCUAUUUCUUUCUCCAAAGACGUCCCUCUCAACCGGGACAAGAAUACGUGGAUCCGACUCUACUUACCCAACAACUCCAAACACGUAAACCUUCCCAUUAUAAUCUACGCUCAUGGUGGAGGUUUCAUUCUCCUAAGCACGGCUACACCCAACUUCGAUUCAUUUCUUUCUAACACGGCGAGACAACUCGGCGUGUUAGUCGUUUCUGUCGAAUACCGGCUUGCACCCGAGCACCGUCUACCGGCUGCAUACAACGACGUGUUGGAGGCCUUGUUUUGGGUGAAGGGAAAAAAGGAUGAGUGGGUUAAAAAAUAUGGGGAUGUUUCAAAGUGCAUUAUUAUGGGGGAGAGUGCAGGUGGCAACAUUGCGUACAUUGUUGGAUUAAAAGCAUCUAUUUUAACCCGUCAGUUAAACCCGUUAGUCAUUAAGGGUUUGGUUUUGAUCCAACCGUUUUUUGGUGGCGUAACCCGAACCCGAUCCGAGUUAAAACUUCCUGAUUCGGCUGGUUUACCUUUAGUGAUCACUGAUUUAAUGUGGAACUUGUCUUUACCACUCGGGGCAAAUAGGAACCAUCCGUAUUGUAACCCCGUUAUCGGGGCCGGGUCAAGUAAGUUGGAAAAGGUUAAAAAGUUGGGUUGGCGGGUUGCGAUAGCGGGUUGUGAUGGAGACAGACUCUAUGAUAAGCAAGUUGAGGUGUUUAAGUUAUUGGAAAGACGUGGGGUGGAUGUUGUUGGUAAUUUUAGUAAGGGAGAUUAUCACGGUGUCUUUGUUACCGAGACAACUAAAGCUUUAUUGUUUUUUGAAUUUAUGCGAAGUGUAUUUUAUUCUUAUCUUGCUUAAUGAAAGCUACUUAUGCUAUGUAAAACAAAGGGAGGAGUUAUAACAAAAUAGCCAACUUCACGAGAUCUGCAACUUGAAAAAUCUUGGGAGUAUGCAUGAUUUGUUACAUAGUUUAUCUUUUUUUAAAAAAAUAUUAUUGUAGAUUCAAUGAUCCAAUUA